UACAGCGCAGAUCGGGAGCGCUGCAUCCCCAUCGCAGGCAUGAAAGAUGAAAAUAUGUCAGUCACGGAUUCAACAUUAAUGAAUUUAUUACGAAGUGAGAUUGAGCUUGAUAUAAAAGACAUUGAAAGGUUUGUUGACUCUGUUUUCGAUCAUGAAGAUAAAAAUAACAGUAGCUUGAAUGAAGACUAUGAAGAAUACGACAAGUUUGCUGGAAUUGUGCAAUAUAUAGUUCAUGAUGAAGCAGACAACCAACUCAAAGACAUCCUGGACGAUCCGGCCAAUGAAACGAGUAAAAAAUUAAGAAAAUCAUCAGAAAAUAGCUGUAGGGGUCGUAGAAAAAGAUCCGCUUCAAUCAAAAUCCCGGAGCCAGAACACUUAAAAACUAAACGCAGAAAGUGCGAUAUCCCAGUACUUAAUGGAAACCACAUUUUUACAAAUUCAGGAAGUGCUCAUUUAAAAAACCUGCACAACUUUUUCCCAAAUUCAAUGGAACCUGCAACAUCGCUUCUAAUGUCAGCACCUUUUAUUGCAUACGAAAAAUGCCCGACAGUUGAUUCCAGGCCUCUUCAAGUCUCUUCAGCAUUUUUGCCACAGCAAAUUAUCAGUCUGCUAAUACAUCCUGGAACAAAUCUUUUCAUCUGUGCAGAAGUUUCUGAAAACUCACCGAGUAAAAGUAUCCCAGGGUUUCCAGACGGGAUUUCUUCCUCCAACCCUUUUUCCCCUGGAACUACAGACCUUCCAAAUUUGCCAGAGGAGGCUUCAAUGAAGCAAAGCCAAGCCAUUGAGACGGGGUCAUUGAGCCGGCAGCCACAGAUGACUUCGGAACUCUUGCGGAAAAGGAAUGACAGUGGACACGUCAGCCAAUUUAAAGACAGGUUGAAGGAACAAUACAUGUUCCGUUUUUCAUUCGAGCCGCUCUACAUGGACGUAAAUCUUCUUAGCAGUAAGAUUGACACCAAGACGGGAAAAAUGACCAGCAAAGCAACUGAGAAGGAACUAGUCAUAUAUGAUAUGGCUGAACAAGAAAAAGAGACUAUUAAACUGUCAAACCUUUUUGAAGACAAAGAACGAAAAGAAACGGAGACCAAAAUCAUUGCAGUAGUUGGACAGUCUGGGGUGGGAAAGAGUGUUCUUGUCAAGAAGAUUUGUCAGAGAUGGUCUGCCGGGGAGUUCACACAAUUCACUCUUGUGUUUCAUUUUGAGUGCAGUAAACUUAAUAUUUGUGAAAAGCAAUACAAUCUGAAAGAGCUGCUUUUUGAACUAUCAACGUGUCCACGUGAAGGAAACCUAGAAAUCUACCAGUACAUCCUAAGACAUCCGGAAAAAGUCUUACUGAUUUUCGAUGGCUUUGAUGAAUUCCAAGACUCUGAAAGUUUUGUACUGAACACUUUCUGUGCUUCUCCCACUAAAAAACACAGUGCAAAAGAGCUAUUUUUUGGUCUUUUUCAGAAAAAGCUGCUCAGGGGAUGUACCGUUCUAAUAACUGCAAGACGAAGAGAGAAAUUCAAUCAGCACUUGGCUAAAGUUGAUCAAAUUAUUGAACUGUUUGGCUUUUCUUUGCAGCAAAUAGAAUGCUAUAUAAGUGAAUAUUUUAAGAGGUCGGACGCCGCUGCCGUAUUGAAGUUCAUAAAAAAAUUCAAGUAUCUCUUUAGCUACUGCUAUAUACCAUUUAUGUGUAGACUUGUUUGCUCGUUUGCCGAGGAAAACUUUAAGUCUUGGGACUCGGAAUUUAAUUUGUCUCUAGCCAUCUUCUUUUCCAACGUACUUAAGAAAACAAGAUUAGCUUCAUCAAAUAACAAAUAUUCCACAGUAGAUCCAGAUUCAGCUGCUGUGGACUCAAACCACUUCAGUACUGUCAUGGAUACAAGGGAUUGUUCCGCAAAGGAAGGGAUAUGUGACUUACAAGUCAAUGACCACUCACACUCCCGUCACAUUUCUUUGGAUUUUUUGCCAUCUAAUGCUAUGAUUCAGCACUUUCAAACCGCCCAGAGUUUAAUUCAAUUAAUAAAAGGAAAGAAUUUUGUAAAAUACGCGUCUCUAGAUUCUAAAAAGAAACGCAAUCAGGAAAUAUGCCCAGAUUUGGUACGUAGAUUCUUGGUUGGUCUUUUGUUUCGUCAACAUUUAACCUGUGGAAAAGGCUUGCACAAUGUUAUUGCCAAGAAACAAAAGAAAAUGUGUAACUAUUUAAGAACCGUGUCGCUGGCCGAGCUCUGUCCGCAGAGAAUACUAGAACUUUGUCAUUGUGUUUAUGAAAGUAACGACGUUGGCCUAAUCCGGUGCACAGCCCGGAAAGUCCACGGUGAACUUUCAUUCAUGGGAACAAGGCUUGUCCCUCCUGAUGUUCAUGUGUUAAAGCACGUGUUGGGAAGAGCUAAGUCAAAAAUAUGUCUGGACCUGAGGAAAACAGGAAUUGAUCUAAACGGAUUAAGAGAAUUGAUGAGCUUGAAAAACAUUAAAUCUUUCAGAGCAUCUCUUAGUGAUACUGUUAGACUGAUGAAAGUGUUACAAACGGAGAAAAACCAUGGCCUCUUACGACUGUGUGUUAAGAAGUUCACAAUUGAGCCUUUCAAGGCAGAAUCCUUAAAGGAUAUCACAGACCUUUCAGAGCUCGUGGAUCUCCAGGAAGAGCUUUGUAAACGCCAUCAAGAUUCAACGGAUUUAAUAACUGAAAUCCCUGCUGUCAAAUAUCUUCAUAAAAUCACAUUUGGGCUUGGGAGAAGACAUGGACAGGACGGUUUCAUGAUGCUUGUUGACAUUCUUCCAGGGCUUCCCGGGCUUCGGCAUUUGGACUUAAACAAUUUUAAUGAGAACCACAUUGGAGAUAAAGGAGUAGAGAAAUUGGCGGAGAAGUUUCCAAAGAUGCAAUCACUUGAGACAUUAGACCUGUCUCAAAACAACAUUACUGAUGUAGGAGCAAAAAAAUUAUCUGCCGCGGCAACGUUGCUGCGCUCGUUACGGACGCUUAGCUUAUACAACAAUAAUGUUGGCGAUACUGGAGCUCAGCACCUUGCCAGCAUACUCCCUGAAAUGGUGUCACUGGAGGAGCUUCAAUUGCAAUGCAAUAGGAUCACAGACAUUGGCGCCCGGAAACUUAUAGAAAGUCUUAAAACGUGUCCUAAAAUAAAGUGUCUGAGAAUGUAUAGUACCACCAUCCCUCAUGCCAUUUUACAGCAUCUUCAGCAGCAGGAUCCGAGGAUUAGCUGCCUGUCCAUUGGAUGAAGGUACAGUGGACCAUGAAAGAACAGUUUUGGAGCCAAUAACCUUCCUAUUUGCUGCGUGAUUUUAUACUUUUUAUACUAAUGUCAAAUGAAAACAUCACGUGC